UGCUCACAGACUCGCUCCCAGUCCCUCCCAGUUCCCGUCCCAGUUCCUCCCAGUCUCCAUCCCAGUCUCUACAGAAAGGGCCUCGCUGUCCCUCAUCCCCGUCCCUGAUGGCUCCACCGUCCCCAAGUCCAUCCCUGGUGGCCUCUGUCCCCAUCCCUGGUGGCUCCAGUGUCCCUGUAACACCAUCCCCAGCUCCAUCCUUGGUUCCUCCACCAUCCCCAACCCCAUUCGUGGUGUCUCCACCAUCCCCAGCUCCAUCCCUGGUUCCUCCACCAGCCCCAACCCCAACCCUGGUUCCUCCACCAGCCCCAGCUCCAUCCCUGGUUCCUCCACCAGCCCCAGCUCCAUCCUUGGUUCCUCCACCAGCCCCAGCUCCAUCCUUGGUUCUUCAACCCAUCCCUCCAUCCUUGGUUCCUCCACCAUCCCCAGCUCCAUUUUUUGUGCCUCCACCAAUCCCAUCAUUGGUUCCUCCACCAUCCCCAACCCCAUCCCUGGUGCCUCCCCCAUCCCCAGCUCCACCCUUGGUUCCUCCACCACCUCCAAACCCAUCCUUGGUUCCUCCACCAUUCCCAACCCCAUCCCUGGUUCCUCCACCACCUCCAAACCCAUCCUUGGUUCCUCCACCAUCCCCAUCCGUGGUUCCUCCAGAGACGGCCAAGCCCCACAGGAUGGCCAAGGGCCAUGGGUUGGCCACCAGCCUGGGGACAGCUGA